UGGUCACUGGCCAGUGGCCAGGGAGUUAACGAGUGGUGACAAGUCGCGCACGAACUUCUGGUGAGACUUGAGAGGUGUCUCUCUCUCUCUCCCGCCAUUGAAGUAACUUACUGUUAUCUGUAUCUCACACUAAGAAUUAGAAUCAAAAUGAGGUUGUUGUUCUCUGUCUCCGCUUCUGCUUCUGCUUCUAUUUUUCUAAAUCCUUCAUCUCAUCCACUUCAUCUUCCUCAGGGUUCACUCAUCCAACCUUGUAAGUUUCGGAUUCUCUCGGAGCAGAGUCUCUGUUUGAGGCUCACAACUUUCCGUUUGAGUUGCAGGAGAAGGGGAACUUUCAUAUGUGCAGCCAAAAAUCAAGAAGCCGAGGAUGCUUUCAAGAAGACCGUCGAAAUCGAUAUACUUAUAGAUAUGCUUAGGGAAGCUAAUCCUCACCAGCUUCAGAAAAUUGUUCUUGAGAAUAUCCUUGCUUUCAAUCCAACCUUCUGGAUACGACUUGCGGCAAGGUCUGACACAUGCAAGUCUGAGGAUGAUAAAAAAGAUUACGAAGAGUUGGCUGCAACUGUUAUGAACGUUGUGGAUCGCGUGGUUCAUAAGACCAAGGAGAAGAUAGAGUCUGCCACUGAUGUCCUGAAGGGUGUGCUAAAACCUGUGGUUGACAAUGAAGGAGAGAUUUCAUGGCCUCCAAGAGAUCCUCAGGGACUCACAUUGAUGGAAAUGGAGAUACGUCAAAGGGAACAAGAAGGACAGCUAGAUGAAGGCUUCCUUGCUGAAGUUAAUGCACAACUACGACAAGCAAAGGAAGAUGGCGAUAAGCCUGGUCUUGAGGCUAUGUUGCAAAAGGUUUUGCAACUUUAUGCUUCAACUGUUCUCUCGAGACGAAGUUACGCUAUGAAAGGGACUGAAGUUUUGAAGGAUGAACAAUUCCUUGAAAAUAUAAUCCAAGCUCGUGAAGAAGAAUGGAACAAUAUUUUGAUCAAAGGAUUGACAAUUGGUGCUGGAGAUAUUUCACCAGAGGAGCUCGAUGCUGUCGUCAAGAAACGAAUUGAGCGCACUCUAAUUAGAACGGAGGGAGGUUCUUACCAACAGCGGAUUUUGACUGAAUACCUGAAAGGCAUCGAAACCAGAGCGGAAGAGAUUGUUCAGGUGCUUCAGGGGAAACCAUAAUUGCUGGCUUGGCAGUGGAAUGUCUUCAGUGGAUCAUUGUUUGCGGAGGUCAUGAAGCAAGUGCAUUGUGAGUUGGAGAAGUUAUAGGGGUAGCAAUCUACCUACACGGAUCAGAAUAUAACUUGGCUACCAUGUUUGGGUUUUGUUCAGCUGGUUAUAAAUAUUGUCGCCGAAAAUGGCAUAUAAAAAAAUGUAGAGAAGAAAACAAAAGAAAGUAUUGUUGUGGAGUGUAGAAUGUGGAACGUUUAUUUCUUAGCAAAUUGAUAUAGAGCUGUAAAGAGACAAUUGUUUUGAGAGUAUACCAAGCAAUACAGAACUUUUUCUUUUUUCUUUUGGCAAUAAUGACUUAU